AAGCUCACCCAAAUACCACUUCCUGGUUGGAUUUGCCCGUGGAACGCAACCCUGCAACCAAUAUGGCUCAUUAUAAACCAACAUCUUAACCAUUUAGGACAAUAACUUGGAAAGUAUAAGAGCGAUAUUGCACAAACAGAAGGCGGGGAGGCGGGGUAGUUGUCACGAGCAGUGUUCGCACUCUCGUCGCACUACGCACCGCUUGUUCCCACUGCACUAGCUAGUUAGCUCACAUAGUAAAUAUUAGCUAGCUUGCUUACUGUUGAUUGAUAAAAUGGCCACCAUGGAGAAACUGAUGAAGGCCUUUGAGUCUCUGAAGUCAUUCCAGCAGCAACAGGGGCCACCAACCGCAGAGGAGCUAGUCCAGAGGCAGAAAAAAGAGCAGGCCACCACGAAGAAGGACAGAGUCACCCACUGCUUGACAAUAUGUGAAAACAUUGUGGCUCAGUCUCUGAGAACGUCUCCUGAGUUCCAGAAACUGCUGGGCAUUGCCAUGGAAAUGUUCCUGCUCUGCAGUGACGAUGGUGAAUCAGAUGUCCGGAUGGUGGCCGACGAGUGCCUGAACAAAAUCAUCAAAGCACUGAUGGACUCCAACUUGCCUCGACUGCAGCUGGAGCUGUACAAAGAAAUCAAAAAGAAUGGUGCCUCUCGUAGUCUAAGGGCAGCUCUGUGGAGGUUUGCUGAGCUUGCCCACCUCAUCAGACCACAGAAAUGCAGACCCUACCUGGUCAACCUGAUGCCAUGCCUCACCAGAAUCACCAAGAGGCAGGAGGAGACGGUGCAGGAGACACUGGCUGCGGCAAUGCCAAAAAUCAUGGCAGCCCUUGGACACUUUGCAAAUGAUGGAGAAGUUAAGGUGCUGUUGAAGUCAUUCGUGGCCAACCUGAAGUCCAGCUCCCCCACCAUCAGACGGACUGCAGCCAGCUCAGCUGUCAGUGUGUGCCAACACUCCAGGCGCAGUACCUACUUCUACACCUGGCUCCUUAACGUGCUACUGGGCCUCCUUGUUCCAGUGGAUGAGGAGCACCCAAGUCACUUAAUUCUGGGGGUGCUGUUGACCCUUCGCUAUCUGAUGCCUCUGCUGCAGCAACAAGUUAACACAACCAGCCUCAAAGGAAGCUUCGGAGUCAUGAGGAAGGAGGCUGACGUACAGCCAACACCUGAACAACUUCUUCAGGUGUAUGAGCUGACCCUUCACUACACACAGCACUGGGAUCACAAUGUGGUCACAGCGGCUCUGGAGCUCUUGCAGCAGAUGUUCAAGACUCCUCCGCCAGAGCUGCUGCAUAUGCUCAUCACCCCCGGCAGCAUUUCACAUGCAACUGCCUUUCGCCAGGAUGCUGAGAGCCGGGCACGCUCUGGCAGCAUCCUUGAGUUCAUUGGUAAAAUUCUCUCUGGGGAGGAGGACGGGCUGGAAGAUGACACAGAGAGACCUGAGGUCACUACUGGUGCCUUUACAGCAUCAGUCGUCGGUGCAGAUGGCUCCUCUGCAGCGCAGGUGGACAUCAUCACUGAGCAGCCGCGCUCCCAGCAUACCUUGCAGCCUGGAGACUCGGUGGACCUCAGUGCAUCCUCAGAGCAAGGAGGCGGGACAUCUGCAUCAGACACUCCUGAGUCGCCCAACUACAACGAGGAGGAAAUGCUGAGUCGGAGCUCCAGUGGCGGGGCCAACAUCACUCCAGAGACGGCUGACUACACUACUCCAGAGAAUGCUACCCCUGAGGGUGGGCCCUUGGGAGCUGGUGGUGCUUUGCUGGGCACUAGCGACCGCUCUCUUCCGCCCAGUGACUCCUCCCAGACCACCACAGAGGGACCGGAUUCGGCUGUCACCCCUUCGGACGUAGCGGAACUGGUGCUGGACGGCAGUGAGAGCCAAUACUCCGGGAUGCAGAUUGGAACACUACAGGAUGAAGAAGAUGAAGGAGUAGCACAACCCGCCCAAGAAGAAGCCUCAGAACCAUUCCUGCAGUCAGCACUGGCUCUCAGCAAGCCUCAUCUCUUCGAAGGCAGAGGCCACAACAGGCAGGGUUCAGACACCAGCGUGGACCGCUUUGAACCAAAGGAUGAACCUGCUGAACCCGAACCUGACAACAAGCCUUCACGGAUAAAGGGUCCGAUUGGACAUUAUACAGACCAGGGGGUGGAGCCACUGGUGCACUGUGUGCGGCUUCUUGCUGCUUCUUUUCUGCUGACAGGACAGAAGCAUGGUCUGACCCCUGACAAGGAGGUUCGAGUCAGUGUUAAGGCUCUGGCGGUCAGCUGUGUCGGGGCAGCAGCGGCAUUGCAUCCAGAAUCCUUCUUUAAUUCCCUCUACUUGGAGCCGCUGGACGGCACUCCAGUAGCAGAUCAGCAGUAUGUCAGUGACAUUCUGGGCCUUAUUGACCAUGGGGACCCCCAGAUAAGAGGGGCCACAGCCAUCCUCUCUGCAGCCAUCAUUCAGGCAGCACUCACCAAAACACGUUUCAAUAUAGACACUUGGCUGGCCAGUGUACAAAAUGCAACCGGUAACCCUCUGUCCCUGGUGGACUUUGUGCCGUUGCUCCAGAAAACCUUAAAAGAUGAAUCCUCUGUGACCUGCAAGAUGGCCUGCUCUGCAGUGAGGCACUGCAUUAUGACUGUGUGCAACAGUACUUUGAGUGAGCUUGGCCUGCAGUUAAUGAUAGACCUGCUCGCUCUGAGGGACUCCUCCUAUUGGCUUGUCCGCACUGAGCUCCUGGAGACACUUGCUGAGAUGGACUUCCGGUUACUCAAUUUUUUGGAGAAGAAAACUGAGACUUUGCACAAAGGGGCUCAUCACUACACUGGGCUGCUACGGUUGCAGGAACGAGUCCUGAAUAACGUGGUCAUCUAUCUAUUGGGUGAUGAUGACCCGAGAGUUCGGCAUGUGGCAGCCUCUGCUGUCAACAGGCUUGUUCCCAGGUUGUUCUUUGACUGUGACCAGGGUCAGGUGGACCCAGUGGUGGCUAUUGCCCGGGACCAAAGUUCAGUUUACCUGCAGCUGCUAAUGCAUGAGACCCAACCCCCCUCCCAGUUGACAGUUAGCACAAUCACAAGGACAUACAGAGGCUUCAACUUGUCCAACGCUGUGACCGAUGUCACAUUAGAGAACAACUUGUCCAGAGUGGUUACUGCUGUCUCCCAUGCUUUUACCUCCUCUACCUCAAGAGCCCUUACUUUUGGCUGCUGUGAGGCAUUGUGCCUCAUGACUUUACAUUUUCCAGUCUGCACUUGGAGCACGGGUUGGCACUGUGGCUAUGUGAGCUCUAGUAGCAACUUUUCUUCUCGCUCUAGUCUCAACCGAAGCAGAGGAAGAGCUCUCAGUGCUGCAGCCCCUUCAACCACCUCCUCAUCGACUGCAGACACUGAGCGGAAAACUCUGACUGUGGGAAUGGCCAACAUGGUCCUCUCCUUAUUGUCCUCUGCCUGGUUUCCACUGGAUCUCUCUGCACACCAAGAUGCACUUGUGCUUUCUGGGAAUCUGCUUUCUGCCGUAGCUCCAAAAUGCAUGCGGAACCCCUGGGCUGGGGAGGAUGAAGGCGGUAGUGGUAGCACUAACACCAGUGCUGGCCCAAAUAAGUUGGAUGAACCUUGGGCAGGGCUGUCGGAACGCUCUUUGGUAGCCAUGGUGGAACAGCUCUUCUCCCACUUAUUGAAGGUCCUCAACAUCUGUGCUCAUGUGCUGGAUGACACACCACCUGGACCAGCUGUUAAAACCACCCUACCUUCCCUGAGCAACACCCCAUCUCUUAGCCCUAUUCGGAGAAAGGGCAAGGAGAAGGAGACUGCUGAGCCAAGUGUUGCCCCAAUGAGCCCAAAGAAAAGCAAUGAGGUCAACACAGGACGGCCAGCAGACAUUACUGGAUCAACAGCUGUGAACAAAUCCACCACCCUUGGCAACUUCUACCACCUGCCCCCUUACCUCAAGCUGUAUGAUGUCCUGAAAGCUACUCAUGCCAACUUCAAGGUAACCCUGGACCUCCACAGCAGUCAGGAGAAGUUUGGAGGUUUUCUGCGAUCCACUCUAGAUGUUCUGUCUCAGCUCCUAGAGCUGGCCACACUACAUGACAUCAGCAAGUGUGUUGAGGAAAUACUGGGCUACCUCAAGUCCUGUUUCUCCAGAGAACCGACCAUGUCCACUGUUUGUGUACAGCAGCUGUUGAAGACUCUUUUUGGCACUAACCUGGCCUCCCAGUAUGAGGGGGUCCUGAGUGGACCGAGCCGAUCCCAGGGAAAAGCUCUCCGCCUUGGUUCAUCCAGCCUGCGACCAGGCCUUUAUCACUACUGCUUCAUGGCACCGUACACUCACUUCACUCAGGCUCUCGCUGAUGCAAGUCUGCGCAACAUGGUGCAGGCUGAACAGGAGCAGGACACUUCUGGGUGGUUUGAUGUCAUGCAGAAAGCUUCAAACCAGCUUAAGUCCAACAUUGCAAAUGCAACACGCCAGAAAGGAGACAAGAAUGCCAUCCACAACCACAUUCGUCUUUUUGAGCCACUGGUUAUUAAAGCUUUGAAGCAGUACACCACAAGCACUUCUGUGACCCUGCAGAGACAAGUACUGGACCUGCUUGCCCAACUUGUGCAGCUAAGAGUCAACUACUGCCUGCUGGACUCGGAUCAGGUGUUCAUAGGGUUUGUCCUGAAGCAGUUUGAGUACAUUGAAGUUGGCCAGUUCAGAGAUUCAGAGGCCAUCAUUCCCAACAUCUUUUUCUUCCUGGUGCUGCUGUCUUAUGAGCGCUACCAUUCGAAGCAGAUAAUCAGCAUCCCCAAGAUCAUCCAGCUGUGUGAUGGCAUCAUGGCAAGUGGCAGAAAAGCAAUCACACAUGCUAUCCCAGCCCUGCAGCCAAUAGUACACGACCUGUUUGUUCUGAGGGGCUCAAACAAAGCAGAUGCCGGCAAAGAGCUGGACACACAGAAAGAAGUGGUGGUCUCCAUGCUCCUCAGACUUGUGCAACACCAUCAAGUGUUGGAGAUGUUUAUCCUUGUGCUGCAGCAGUGUCACAAAGAGAAUGAGGACAAGUGGAAGAGAUUAUCAAGGCAGAUUUCUGAUGUGAUACUUCCUAUGAUUGCUAAACAGCAGAUGCACCUGGACUCUCCUGAAGCGCUGGGAGUAUUAAAUACUCUGUUUGAGACUGUGGCUCCCUCCUCUCUGAGACCUGUGGACAUGCUGCUCAAGAGUAUGUUCACCACUCCAGCCAGCAUGGCAUCAGUAACUACAGUCCAACUCUGGGUGUCCGGUAUCCUGGCGGUGCUCCGAGUACUCGUCUCCCAGUCCACUGAGGACAUAGUCCUGUCCAGGAUCCAUGAACUUUCCCUGUCGCCGCAUCUCCUCUCCUGCCACACAAUCUGUCGCCUCCGUCAGCAGAACCCAUCCCCAAAUGACCAACUUACUACUGACGCACUCGGUAGCCGGGAGUCGAAUGGUGAAUCACAAAAAGCCCUACCUGAGGAAACCUUUGCCAGGUUCCUACUCCAGCUAGUCGGUGUGUUGCUGGAUGACAUUUCCUCCAGACAGGUUAAAGUGGACAUUACAGAACAGCAACACACCUUCUACUGCCAGCAGCUGGGGACACUGCUUAUGUGUCUCAUACAUGUCUUCAAAAGUGGAAUGUUUCGCAGGAUCACAGCUGCAGCUAGUCGUCUCCUGAAGGGCGAGGGUGGAGGUGGACAGAACGGCACUGAGGCGAGCCUUUUUUACCCUUUGGAAGGUCUCAACAGUAUGGUGCAGUGCUUGAUCACCACCCACCCCUCCCUGGUGCUGCUGUGGUGCCAAGUCCUCCUCAUUAUCAACUACACUAACUAUUCGUGGUGGGCAGAAGUGCACCAGACACCAAGGAGACAAAGCCUGUCAUGUACAAAGCUUCUGAGCCCUCACUCCUCAGGGGAAGGAGAAGAGGACAAGCCAGAGACACGGUUGGCCAUGGUCAACAGAGAAAUUGUACGCAGGGGAGCCCUCAUCCUCUUCUGCGACUACGUGUGUCAGAACCUCCAUGACUCAGAACAUCUGACCUGGCUGAUCGUCAACCACGUGCGAGACCUCAUCAACCUCUCCCAGGAGCCCCCAGUGCAGGAUUUCAUCAGUGCUGUGCACCGCAACUCAGCUGCCAGUGGUCUUUUCAUCCAGGCAAUCCAGUCCCGCUGUGACAACCUCUCAACACCGACCAUGUUAAAAAAGACUCUGCAGUGUUUGGAAGGCAUCCACCUGAGUCAGUCUGGCUCCCUGUUGAUGUUGUAUGUGGACAAGCUGCUCAGCACUCCCUUCAGAGUUCUGGCUCGCAUGGUGGAUACACUGGCAUGUCGCAGGGUGGAGAUGCUGCUGGCUGAGACCCUACAGAACAGUAUAGCUCAGCUGCCUGUGGAGGAACUGGACCGGAUCCAGGAAUACCUCCAGACCAGUGGCCUGGCUCAGAGGCAUCAGAGGUUCUACUCCCUGCUGGACAGGUUCAGAGCCACUGUGACAGACACCAGAAGCCCAACUCCUCCUGUAACAUCCCACCCAUUGGAUGGGGAUCCACCACCGGCCCCUGAACUGGUUAAUGCAGAUAAGGAGUGGUACAUAGCUCUUGUGAAGUCUCAGUGCUGUCUGCGUGGAGAUGUUUCCCUGUUGGAGACAACAGAGCUCCUCACCAAGCUUCCUCCAGCUGACCUGUUAAACAUCAUGAACUGCAAGGAGUUCAACCUCAGUCUGCUAUGUCCGUGCCUGAGUAUGGGGUUGCAGCGGUUAGCCCGGGGUCAGGGGUCACUCUUGUACGAGACCGCCUUGCAGUCAACCUUGGAGCGUCUUGCAGCAGUCACUGGAUCACUUCCUGUCCCACACCAGUCCUUCCUGCCACCUUCCCAGCCACAGCCAUACUGGGAGCAGCUGGCUCAUAUAUAUGAUGAGCCAGGUUUCUACCCGAGGGUUUUGUCACUCUGCAGAGCUCUGUCCCAGUACCUGCUGAGUGUAAACCAACUGCCAUCUUCACUACACAUCCCCUCUGAAAAGGAGCACCUCAUCACCACUUUCACCUGCACUGCCACCGAGGUGGUCGUAUGGCAUCUCCUCCGGAACCGGCUGCCUCUGAGUGUUGACCUUCAGUGGGCUUUGUCCUGCCUUUGCCUGGCCCUGCAGCAGCCCUGCGUCUGGAACAAGCUUUCCACCCCUGAAUACAGCACAUACACCUGCUCCCUCAUCUACAGCCUACACCUUAUUAUUGUUGCAGUGGCCGUGAGUCCUGGAGACCAGCUUCUGCAUCCAGAGAAGAAGAAGACAAAGGCAGAAAGAGACGCUGAAGAAGACCAAGUGGACUCAGCACGUGCCAAUCACAUGUUAGAGUGGAAAGCAUGUGAAAUCAUGGCGGAGCUGGUUGAAGGUCUGCAGAGUGUCCUUGCUCUGGGUCACCAUAGAAACAGUGAAUUUCCUGCUUUCCUUACACCAACCUUGCGCAACAUUAUCAUCAGUCUGUCCCGACUCCCCCUGGUCAACAGCUACACCAGAGUACCUCCACUGGUCUGGAAACUGGGCUGGUCCCCACAGCCAGGAGGUGAGUUUGGCACAACGCUGCCUGAGAUCCCUGUGGACUUCCUGCAGGAGAAGGAUGUCUUCAGAGAGUUCCUCUACCGCAUCAACACAUUGGGCUGGAGCAGCAGGACUCAGUUUGAAGAGACCUGGGCCACUCUGCUUGGGGUGCUGGUCACCCAACCCAUCACUAUGGACCAGGAGGAGGAGACGCAGCAAGAGGAGGACUUGGAGCGUACCCAGUUGAAUGUGUUAGCAGUGCAGGCAAUCACCAGCCUGGUGCUGAGUGCCAUGACCCUGCCUACUGCUGGCAACCCUGCAGUCAGCUGCCUGGAACAGCAGCCCCGCAACAAGAGCCUCAAAGCCCUGGAGACACGGUUUGGAAGAAAACUUGCAGUCAUCAGGGGUGAAGUGGAGAGAGAGAUUCAAGCCCUCGUUUCAAAGAGAGACAAUGUCCAUACACACCACCCAUACCACGCCUGGGACCCUGUACCAUCGCUGUCAUCGGCCUCAGCUGCGGGCACGUUGAUCAGUCAUGAGAAGCUGCUGCUUCAGAUUAACACAGAGAGGGAAAUGGGCAACAUGGACUACAAACUAGGACAGGUCUCCAUCCACUCCGUGUGGCUAGGUAACAACAUCACCCCACUGAGAGAGGAAGAAUGGGGUGAAGAUGAAGAAGAUGAAACAGACACUCCUGCACCCUCCUCCCCACCUGUUUCUCCCAUCAACUCCAGGAAGCAUCGUGCAGGUGUGGACAUUCAUUCAUGUUCCCAGUUUCUCCUGGAGCUGUAUAGCCAGUGGCUGAUCCCUGGCUCUCCAAGUAACAGGAGAACCCCAACCAUACUCAUCAGUGAAGUGGUCCGAUCGCUGCUGGCAGUGUCAGACCUAUUCACAGAGAGGAACCAGUUUGACAUGAUGUUCUCCACCCUGAUGGAACUGCAGAAGCUCCAUCCUCCAGAAGAUGAGAUCCUUAAUCAAUACCUGGUGCCUGCCAUCUGUAAGGCUGCUGCUGUACUGGGCAUGGACAAAGCAAUAGCUGAGCCUGUUUGCCGCCUGUUGGAAACCACCCUGCGUAGCACCCACCUGCCCAGCCGUUUGGGGGCUCUGCAUGGAGUGUUGUAUGUGUUGGAAUGUGAUCUGCUGGAUGACACGGCCAAACAGCUUAUUCCAACUGUCUCAGAUUAUCUGCUGUCCAACCUCAGGGCUAUUGCUCACUGUGUAAACCUCCAUAACCAGCAGCAUGUGUUGGUGAUGUGCGCCGUGGCCUUCUACAUGAUGGAGAACUACCCUCUGGAUGUUGGAGCUGAGUUUAUGGCUGGAGUUGUACAGAUGUGCGGUGUGAUGGUGUCCGCCAGUGAGGACUCCACUCCCUCUGUCAUCUAUCACUGUGUGCUUCGUGGUCUGGAGCGUCUUCUGCUGUCAGAGCAGCUGUCACGUGUGGACGGAGAAGCGCUGGUCAAACUAAGUGUGGAUCGGGUCAACAUGCCAUCCCCACACAGAGCCAUGGCCGCUCUGGGCCUCAUGCUCACCUGCAUGUACACUGCGGUGCUUGCGUCGGGUUCAGACGUGACAGGGGUUAGAGGUCAGGUUGACUCUGGCUCUGCCGUAGCAGAGGCGCUGGGCGUCACGACGGGUCAUGUUGGUUUCUCCUCAGGCAAGGAGAAAGCCAGCCCCGCCAGUCGCCCUGCCCACUCUGACCCUCAGGCCCCUGACAGCGAGUCCAUCAUUGUUGCCAUGGAGAGGGUCUCGGUGCUCUUUGACAGGAUCAGGAAAGGUUUACCAAGCGAGGCUCGAGUCGUGGCAAGGAUCUUGCCCCAGUUCCUGGACGACUUCUUCCCACCACAGGAUGUCAUGAACAAGGUCAUCGGAGAGUUCUUGUCCAAUCAGCAGCCCUACCCACAGUUUAUGGCUACUGUUGUCUACAAGGUGUUCCAGACACUCCAUGCCACAGGCCAGUCUUCUAUGGUGCGAGACUGGGUGCUGCUGUCUUUGUCCAACUUUACUCAGAGGACACCAGUGGCUAUGGCCAUGUGGAGCCUCUCCUGUUUCUUUGUCUCUGCUUCCACCUCCCAAUGGAUCUCAGCUCUCCUGCCACACGUGAUCAGCAGAAUGGGCUCUAGUGAGGUGGUAGAUGUCAACCUGUUCUGCCUGGUGGCCAUGGAUUUCUACCGGCACCAGAUUGAUGAAGAGCUGGACCGCAGGGCUUUCCAGUCCGUCUUUGAGACUGUGGCCUCACCAGGCAGUCCUUAUUACCAGCUGCUGGGGUGCCUGCAGUCGAUUCGCCAGGACACAACACUCUGAGGAAAGCAGAAGGAGAUGAACCUGAAGGCACAGAGACAGUGAAAAUGAAGUAUAUCGUGAAAAAUUGAUAAGUAAUAUAUUUGAUUUGGCAAAAUGAAGUUUCCAUGUACAGCUCCCCUGAGUUGUGAUGGAAGGGGGGGUUUAUUAGAAAAAUGCACUGUAGCCUCAUCCCUUCCCUCCUAUACACUGAUAUGAAUGAGUUAGCUACUGAAUUUAGAACAAGGAAUUCAUCGGAGUGAGCAUAAAGCAAACCCGGGGGGGGGGGG